UCAUAAUCUGCUAAAAUCUAUGAAUCAUAAAUUUUACGAUACUUAAGUGCCAUCAGGGGAAUAAAUUCAUUUUUUUGUCGCAGUGUUUGCGGAAAAUAUAUUCGACCCAUGACCUGAAGGGAAGUCGACGUCACAUAAAAAUGGCGGAAUUUUGUGUGAGGAAGUAUCUGUCGUUUGAUUUCUUCAUAGAAAACAUGUGAAGUUACACGCAUUGUCGCGGUAUUGAGAGUCUGGAAUGUUUCAACGUUUAUUGGCUGGCAUGAUACAGCUUCGGAGGGUGUUGUUUUAGUACCUUGUGGAGGAGAAACUCGGAAUUUUGCUGUUGGAAGGUAUUACAUAGAGAGACUGCAGAAUGACAAUCAAACCUCUGGAGAAUGUGAAGAGUUUUGCGGUGAGCCGGCCACCGCUGGUGGUGUUCAUGGUGUGUGUGAGCGCGCUGGCCAUCGCCUUCAUGUCCCUGGCUUACUACAUCAAGAUGAACCAAAUCACAGAUCCUGAUAUCACACAGGACUGGAACACGUUCCUGCUGAACUUCGGGAAGAUGGAUUUCUGUGUGUCGGACAAUGACACCCUGAAGCACUACGAUGAUGACGUGACGCCCACCACCACGGGGCCCUCCUCCAAGCCAGAGAAGGAGAUCCUGGAGUCAGAACCCCAGAGGAACGUGUCGGUCACCAUCAUGCUGACCCUCGACCCCAUGAAGAACUUUGUGGGGUUCCCCCAUAACGUCACGCACCUGCAGGCGACGAUAUCAGGGGAGGAGUUGGGACUGCACGGUUCUGAGGCUCUGGAAGAAGUCAACGUCACGUUCACCCUGCCGACAGCCUGGAGCACACAGGACUGCGCUAAGAAGGGCCAGUGUAACGUGGCCAAGUUCAAAACCUGUGUCACCUUCGUCGCCUCACCAGCUGUAUUCCCCACUACCAGGAAACCUGAGACUUGCCACGCCGACAGCUUCAACAACAACACAGCGACGUCGGUGUACUACACCACGUGGAUCCAGCCGCUGGACCCCCUCACACCCGAGGACCACUGGUGUCCCAGCGGGGUGUUUGUCAAGGCCUACCACGCCUUAAACCCAGAGCUGUCAGUCAUGAUGUCAGCGGGCGAGCGGUCGCUGGUGAAUUUGCACCUCCUUCACACAAGCUACUUCCUGUUUGUCAUGGUCAUCACGGUCUUCUGCUAUGCUGUCAUCAGGGGAAGGCCCAGCAAACCUAGAGCUGCAAACUCCAUGGAGACAAAGGUUCCUGUUGAAGCGUGAAGAUGGCAGGGUUCUGCGAAUGUUUUAGGAGGCAACGUGAGGGACCUGUGAUGUCAUCCUUCAGCUUCCCUCUGCUACCACUGUAGAAACCUCGAGAAGACAGGCUGAUGAACACCACAAGACGAUGCUCCAAGACUAGAAGAUAUGUAGAAACAAGACAUGCACCCUUAGCCAUUGUAUCCAGGAUUUUUUUCCUUCGUUCAGAUUAUAUAGGUGAGAAGUUGCUAGCUGUACAUGGUUGGCUGUCCUUGGCUGUAUAAAUUUUUUUUCAGGACCAAUUAAGGAUACUGGUAUAGUUGUUUGUUAUGGGUCUGAAGAAAUGCUGUAGUAAGGUGUUGCUAAAUAUUAUGUUGCCUAUAUUAGAGCUUGUUAAAAUGCUUUGUAAUCCAGCUUAAAGUGUGUUUUUUUUUCAAUCAUAUGGUAUUUCGGCUACAGUAUUUAUUAGUGUGUGACUUUGUUAAUCUUUGUAGGCAUUGUUGAAACUUCUGUUCAGAAUUUAGAGACCAAAUACUUGUGGUUUGACAUUUGUGUAUGAUAAUGAAUGAGCAACAUGUUUUUGUCAUGUUGCGGUUACUGCAUUGUCACUACUGUACAGAUUUUGCCAUCAUGGUGCAAUAAUGCCAACUGAAUAGUUUAUCUAACUUCAAACCACCAAUUUUUCCUUGGUUCUUUCA